UUGCUCCACCAGGAUUUAUCCUCUGGGGACCAUAAAUGUGUGUUCAAGAUUUCAUCCUGAACCGAUUUUCUUUGACUUAGCCUGAGAUUAGACGUCUUUUUGAGUGUUUAUUAUGGACCAGGUUACGUUUAUUAGAAUUCGUCUUACAUAGGUUAGAUUUCCCUUGUAUAAACAUGUGUUUUUUUUAAAUUUGAAGUCAAAUAUGCCUUAUUUUUCCUCUCAUUCAGAUGCACCACUCACAAACUAAUCAGUAACAUAAUGUAACACCCUUCAUCCAGUUCUUAAGCAUUCUAACAAAAUGCUUAAUCCUGACCCCUAACACUAAGACUUAACCUUCAAACAGCCUGUGGAAAGUUCUGGUUUUGUAUAAUUUUUUCACUUAAACUGGUUCCCAUGAAGAUAGUCAUAGCAGUAGACACACUAUAUGUUGAAGAUGCGAUCCAUGUUGGUACAAAGAUGAAUAUUAUGUUUUAUUUAUGUUAUUGAAAAUUGUUCCUUCAAUGAAGAAAAUUGGAUUUGUGCUACUGAAAUUGUUAAUUUGUGUAUUCUAACAAUGAGGUCAUCAGCGGGCUUCUUUUCACCUCAGCAAAUCAGUAAAAUAGUUUAUUUUUUGAUUUUUUCAUAAUAACCUGAGGUAUUUUGCUGAGAAACUAAAAGAUAUAAGUAAUACAUGGGGAAAAAGAAAAGAAGCUGUAUAGAAAUGAAUGAGCAUUCAUUUUGCGCCACUGAUUUUCAACCUUAAAUUUAAAUAUUCUUUGCUUAAACACAGCUUCAUGUGUUUUGAAAAAAAAGAAAAAAAAAGUUUUUUUGUGGUUUUUAUUUGAAAUAAUUUUUAAAUCAUUGCUUCAUUCUGUGCAUUUUCUUUUGCUCUUCAGCUCAGUCCAAAAUAAUUAUGUUCCUAUCCAACCAAACUGCAUUCUCAGUUCCAUUUUGAGGAGAUGUAUUUUCUCCUGGAUCAUUUCUAUCCAUCAUAAAUAUGUUCAUAACGAAGACACCUCAUUUGUUGUGCCACAUAUCUGACAGGAUCGGGACUCGUCACAAUGACAACCCAGAAAUUAGAGGAGAAGCUUUGAUGAACAUGUUAUGAAAGUUUGACCCCAAGCUGUGAUGUUUUCCAUGAUCAAAGAUUCUGAGAAUGCCCAACUCCAUUGUAAUUUCACCUGGACAAAGGAUGGACUUUUGGCAUUGGAGACAUUGAAACAGAGGUUACAGGAGGCUCCAGCGCUAGUGGUGCCAGACUAUAAGAAUUUUUUGCUGUAUGUGUCUACUUCCAUCAGGGGUAAAUAUGCAUGUGCAGUUCUUUGUCAGCCAACAGGUACGGGGACAAGUCCUCAACCUUUUCUCAUUUCUUAUUAUUCCACUGCCUAAUCAGAAGUAGAUUUGGGGUUACCCUGUGACAAUUCUUACCCAUUAUAGUCACAGAAAUCAUUUAAAUUAUGGUAAAUCUACAUCAACUAUGUCCAGGCUCAGAGAAAGAUGUUUGGUGCCUAAUCUCUGAUCUCUUUGCCCCGACCUGAUCCUCCCGCUGUAUUUAAAAAUGUAAAUGAGAAAGCAGUCUAGUUGUAUAGGAACAUAAUGUUUGAGAGGCAGGCUUACUUAUAUCGUGUGUACUGAAACUUUUUGUUGUUGAUUUUUAAUUAUUCUAAGUUUGUAUUUAAUGUGUGUGUGUUUUUUUUUUGUAUAAUUUUUUAAAUUAUUUGCGUAGUUAGUGUAGUGUGUUUUUUACUUUUUGUUCACCUAAUCAGCAUUAGUGCUCUCAGCUGUUUCUAGUGUAAAGUUCAUUUGUCAGCUGUCAAGUCAUGUGGGUGACAGAAAAGUCUAUCAGCUGGUCAGACUUAAGGAAACAUGAGACUGGAAAGAAUGACAAACAUAUGUUUGCGUCAUAUUAUUCCUACCACACACUCCCUUUUAAAGGACAAAUUAUUUUCCACUCUGUUACUUACAAGCUCAUAAAAAACAGCUACUGCUCACUGUAUUUAUUCCAUUGCCAUACUGGUAAUUCCUUAUUUACUUUUAAGUUUCUCAUUAGCUUUAAUUUAUGCAGGGGAAUGAAAUAAAAUUGGGAUCUCUCA